GAAGAGCAACAAAUGAAAGCUGCAGAAGAAAAGCAGCAGAAAAGAGCUGCAGAAGAGCAACAAAGGAGAGCUGCACAAGACGAGCAACAGAGAAGAGCUGUACAAAAAGAGCAACAAAGAAGAGCUGCACAAGAAGAGCAACAAAGGAGAGCUGCACAAGAAGAGCAACAAAGGAGAGCUGCACAAGACGAGCAACAAAGAAGAGCUGUGCACGAAGAGCAACUGAGAGUAGCACAAGAAAAACAAAGGGCUGCCGAAGAACUGAAAAGAAGAGCUGCACAAGAAGAGCAACAGAGGAAAACUACACAAGAAAAGCUACAGAGAGCUGCAGAAGAAGAGCUACAGAUGAGAGUAGCUCAAAGAGAGCAACAAAGGAGAGCAGUUCAGGAGAUUCAACAGAGGAAAGCAGCUUUGAUUGAGGAACAACGACAGAUUGAGGAGAAGAUACUUGCCAAUACUGAGGCAGACAAUAAAAGAAAACCAAGAGAAGGAGAUAAAGUUUUGCAUAUUUCAGAAGAGGAAAGGAUUGAACAGAUACAAAUGGAAGAGCAAAAAAGACAAAGGCAGAAAAAGGAAGAAUGGAUGAGAACUCAAACAGGGGAGGCAGAAAUGAGAGCUGUAGAAAGAGUAAACAUCAUAAAGGAAGAAAAGCAAGCCAAUGAGAGACCUAAACUUCAUGAAAACAGCCAAGAAGCACUGAAAAAUGAGAUGAGAGUGGAAAAAGAAGGCAUGCUAGCUCAAAGAGAGAAUAACAUCAAGGCUAACAAGAGGGAAGAAGAAAAGGUAACAGCUGACAGUGAGAAGGUGAGAGAUAAUUGGAGAGAGGAAAAAAGAGUAGCACAGGUGGAUGCUCUCCAGUACUAUGCCAUUACUUCAACAGAAUCAGAGACAAAACAAAGAGAAAGGCAACUAUGCUCCCCUUCACCCUCCCAACAAAGAAACAAUCUAUCAGAAAAUGAGUCAACUGAGUCCCACGGGUCCCACACGAGAUCUUAUAGACCCCAUGCCCCUGCAUCUCCAGCUCCAUCUCUGCCCCGAUCCAACACUUCCUCACCUGCUCUAGGAGUCAAGCCCUUAAUGUUCAGAGUAAAGGACAACACCUUCAGAGGUUCCACUUCCACCAAAUCGGUUAAGCCACGAUUCUAUAAGAGCUUUGGAGACGAUGUCCGGGUGGGUUCACCCAGUGACAGGGGAUUAGAGAAAAGAGAGGAAGGACAGGAGAAAAUAAGACACAGUGCUGGAACUCCUGUCCAGCAUCACACAGGUUUAAAUAGACUCACUGCUGUCAGUGAAUCUUCAACUUUCCAGUCAGCAUCUUCACCACAGGAUCACUCAGCCCCUAUCCCUCAUUAUAGGCCCUAUUCCAGGAGAAGCAUUGCUAUGGAGGAAGAUGACUCACGCUCUCUUAUCAGCAAUAUGUCUGAAGAUGUGGAAAGUUUUGCCACCAGUGCAGCAGACCUUGCAGACAUACGAGGUCUUUAUGACUACGAGAGACCAGAAUCAGCAUGUAGCUUCAGCAGUGAUGUGUCCCGUUCUUUGGGCAAGCCUCCAGCUGUUCCCCCAAAGAGCGAGAAAGCCCUACGGAGGGCUCAAAGGCUAACUACCCGGAGAAUGAAGAAAGAGUUGUCCAAAGUUGGCGCAGACAGCCUUUCUGGAGUUGAGAAAGAUGUCUCCACUAUUCGUUCCUCUUCAUCCACUGAGCCCACCACCCAGCUCCAGUGACACAGUAUCAUGUAGAGUCAAGCUAUCCCCAGGCCUACCCUCUGACCCAGCGCAAGGUGCUGCAAGACCC